AAAAUGCGCUAAAAACAAUUUCUAAUAUUAAAAUGCCUUCCACUUAUCUAGCUACGUAAAGAGAUGUGUGCAGUGUGCCACCAGUUAAUGCAAGCUUGUCGAUUGUUGACAAACAAUGAGUAUGAGUCGAAGCAGACUUGGGAAACGGACAUUGAUGAAUUAUUUAGCAAAGACGAAACGGGCGCUGGCACUUUGACCAUGAUCUCAGCUGAAAUGAUUGGCUUGCUUAAAGAAUAUCUUGAAAAACAACACAGCGAGGUACGUGAUCUAAACAAAGUGUAUUAAAAAACACUGUUGGUACAGUUGUCAUCUCUGUGACCGAGGUUUGAUUCCUGCAAUAUGCAAUUGUCUGACUAUAAUUUCACCUCUGUCACAUGUGAGAAGAGUGCUUCCAGGUUGAUUAUUUACAGUGUUACCACAGGAGGAAACAGAACCGGAACAGCCGCAGAAAUCGUGCAGCGCUUAGUCAAGAAAGCUUUGAAUUGGUUGGAAUACAACUACCUCAGGAAAAAUACAAGGAGAUAUAGUCAAAUAACACUAGAAUGAUAAUGUUUUUGAUGUUAUGUUUUUGAGUGUAUGUCCACAUUGGGCAGGCUGAAAAGCCCCAGCAACUCUAGGGUUAGGGGGUGGGGGUUAGAGGUUAUGGUUAGGGUGGGGGUUAGGGUUACAACCCAAUAACUGAUUGCUGAUAACGGUUGAUAAUUACAAUACUAUAUUGUUGAUAACGCAAGGAGCGGCUGGCAGUGCAUGCAACACCUAUACACACCUAUAUUAUCAUCAAAAUUGCCAUCCACAAACAACGUUUGUUGUUUAUUUUUAUCAAUUUUCAUUCUGUUGUUUUUGUCGUAGACGGAAACAGUGACGAAAGAAGAACAGGAAUUCAUGGAGGACAAGAUCUCAUCCCUCGAGAACCAAGUCGAAGAUCUCACGACCGAGUGUUUUGAAGCGAAGAAACAACUCUCGUCUUUGGGAAUGCAACUCGAUGAAUCGAGGAAAAAACUUUCUGAGAAUGAGGAAGAAAAAGCGAAUCUUUUAGACAGGGUAACUGCUCAAAAGAAUGAAAUUGAAAUUAUGAAGAAAAAUUACAGCCAUAUAAAAUUGUGCAGAUCGAAAAGGUACGAUAUUAGCAUAGGUAAUCUCAAAAUUUCCAAACAUCACGAGUACUAUUAAUCCCUAAUUGUACGAGCAACAUCGCAUGAUUACUUGUUUAUCUAAUGCAUGACAAAAUUGGAUACUUCUCAAUUAUGUCAACAUCAUAUUCUCUCGCCAAAGGCAAAGCCCAGUCCUGCCAGACUUACAACCAAAAUUUGGUGCUUUUGUUCGUAUUUUCAUUUAAUUAUUUGGUGCUUUUGUUCGUAUUUUCGUCUAGUUCUUCUUGGGCAAUUUCAUUUCACAUUUGUGUUUAAAAUACCUUUCCGCCAUUUUGUUUGUUUUGGGAAAAUCAUUAAUUGUACUGCAGUACAAUUAAUGAAAUAAUUGUACUCCUCUCAACCAAUCAGCAUCCAGUAAUUUUGUCAUGCUAAUAAGAAAGUAAAGUUACCACUCACAACAUUUUUGUUGAAACAUAUUUAAUCUGAGGUAACAUCACUUAAUUAACUAUGAGACCAGUUGUUGACAUCGGCUACAUGCGCCCUUUAUACUAAGCACUGGCAUCACAUGUAGUUGAUGCUUAGGAAGGGGACUCUUAGGGGACUCUGGUUAGAGAGCUGCAAUUGCGUUGGAUAACUCGCAUACCUAGUUACCACUGUUCUGAUAAUGUGAGCAUAGAAUGGAACAAAGGUAACCAAGCAUUUAAAUUAUAUAUGUGAGUGAAUUGAUAACUCGCAUGCCUAUAGUUACCACUGUUCUGAUAAUGUAAGCAUAGAAUGGAACAAAGGUAACCAAGCAUUUAAAUUAUAUAUGUGAGUGAAUUGAUACCUCACAUGCCUAGUUACCACUGUUCUGAUAAUGUAAGCAUAGAAUGGAACAAAGGUAACCAAGCAUUUAAAUUAUAUAUGUGAGUGAAUUGAUAACUCGCAUGCCUAGUUACCACUGUUCUGAUAAUGUGAGCAUAGAAUGGAACAAAGAUAACCAAGUAUUUAAAUUAUAUAUGUGAGUGAAUUGAUAACUCACAUGUCUAGUUACCACUGUUCUGCAUGUAACAUUAGAAUGGAACAAAGGUAACCAAGCAUUUAAAUUAUAUAUGCGAGUGAAUUGAUAACUCAGAAUGGAAUGGAACAUACAGUAAGCAAGUAUUUAUGUGCGAGUGAAUUGGUUGGCAAAGGACACUACAGGCCACCACAGCUUAUCGUAGAGCCCCUGCACUGGACCCCACGUUUUGAAAUAUCCACUAGAAAUGAUUUUAGAAAUGACUUCAUUUUUCAGUGUUGUUGAAGAAUUAGAGAAAGCGAGAAGGGACGUUCAGAAGUUGGACACUCAGCUGAUCACGGCUGUCAAUCAGAAAAUUAAACUUUCCGAACAACUAGAGCAAUGGCAGGUUCGUCAAUG